AACGGCUUAUCGGUGCAAUCCGAUAAGCCGUUAUAAAAGUGAUGACCCACGACUGGCUACGGUCAGUAAAACAUUAUCUUGCGCGAAGCAUUGAAGUCACCUGGAACACAGUUGCGUUAGGAUUUUUCCAGUAAUCAGCAAUGAAAAGAUAUAAACAGAUAUCUUGGUUGGUGUUGUGUGCAGUUGUUUUCAAUAGUGCAGUUGCCCAAGUUGAAGAAGUCAAUCCAUGUAUUGGAAAUGUUGGAAUCCUGAGAGUGCCGGACGUUGAAGACUGUUCCAAAUUCAUUCUAUGUAUCGACAGUCAGCCAUUUCCUCAGCAGUGCAGUCCUGGCUUGAUUUUCGAUGUCAUCACCGAUAACUGUAACUUGGAAGAAGUUUCAGUUUGUAUCCAAGAAGUUUUGACUCCACCAACACCUGGUGGACCUGGAGAUGGAACGACAGUCACUCCUCCAGUUGAUGGAGAAACGGACGUGCCGACUGCACCCACUCCUGGACCGGAAAUUCCAACGGCUCCAACAGCUGGUCCUGUUCCAACAACUGUAGCGCCCCCUGCUCCAACCCCGGCUCCACCAGCUCCAACCCCGUCUCCGACAGUGGCCCCAACAACUACAACUACUAUUCCUGAAGCUCCAACUCCGGCUCCCACUCAGGCUCCAACAACAGUUGUUCCUCCAGCUCCCACUCCAGCUCCUACUCCAGUUCCAACACCAGCUCCGACUCCAGCUCCGACUCCAGCUCCAACUCCAGCACCUACUCCUGCCCCGACUCCAGCUCCGACUCCUGCCCCAACUCCAGCUCCAACAACUCCACCACCAAGUCCAACCACAGCUCCUCCACCCAUCGAGGGAGCUCCACAUUGCCCUCCCGGUGAGCUCUUCUACGCACCUCAUCCGGACUGUACCCGGUUCUUCCGGUGCGUUUUCGGAACCCUAUUCGUACUGCAAUGUCCCCCGAAUCAGCACUGGAAUCAAGCCCGGGAGUACUGUGAUCAUCCAUGGAAUGUGCCUUGCAGCAACUGAUGAUAUCAACUUAGCUGAGGUUAAGUGAGAUUGUGAAAUGACGUGCUGACUCAUGUUAGGAAAUCAAGGGUCCAUUCAAUAACUACGUAAGCACAUUGUGGGAUGAUAAUUUUCUUGUAAGGAAUUGACAGAUUUAUUUAUAUUGAUUAGAGUUUUAUACAUAGAAUAUUUUUAUUUUCACUGUGAAUUAGUUCAUUAAAAAAUAAUAAGCAGUUAGCCAAAAUACCCAAGUCUCUUCAGGAGGGUGCAAGUUGUUUAGUAAACUAUGUUAAACUACCAUGAAGAUACCUGUAAAAAUAAAUACUUCCAUGGAAUUAAAACGCCAUAAGUGAAACAAUCAUAAAAAAUGUGUAAUUUCAAUGACCUUCCGUUGAAUUUCGACGGAUCCUUCACAGCACUCUUGAGAACUUCUAUACCACCUUAAUUGCGUACGUAAUUGUAGAAUGAACCCAAAAAAA